AUGUCCGGCGUCGUCAAGGUCCUGCGCCUGCAGAACUUCCAGAUUCUCCGGCAGUUGAAGCUGGAAGAGGCGCUACUCCGCGCAUCCAACGACAACUGGUUUCUUGUGAAUGACGGCACCCCAGACCCCGCCAUCGUGCUGGGAAUCUCGGGGAAGCCUGAGGUGAUGGUCCACGAGGUGGCUGCAAGGAAGGCGGGUGUGACCCUCAUUCGCCGUUUCACCGGUGGAGGCACGGUGGUGGUGGACAGCGACACCCUCUUCACCGGCCUCAUCAUGGGUGUGGACGAGGUGCCAGGCCUGGAACCCUUCCCCAGGCCCAUCAUGAAGUGGACGGAGGACCUGUUCAAGCCUGUAUUUGGCAAGUAUGGCGAUUUUGCCCUUCGAGAACAUGAUUACGUGUUCAAGGAUGUGAAGUUCGGGGGCAAUGCGCAGGCCAUCAGCAAGCGGCGCUUCGUGCACCACACCUCCCUGCUCUGGCGAUUUGACCCCGACCGCAUGGCCCUCCUCCAGCACCCGGCCAGGACCCCGGAGUACCGGCAGGGCCGGCCCCACCACCGCUUCAUCACGCCGCUCCAGGAUCACGUGCCCUCGCGACCCCACCUGCUGGACCAGCUGACGGCGAGCCUCGGCAGCGCCGGCUUCGCCCUGCAAGAAGCCUCUCUGGUGGAGGCGGAGGAGGCACUGGCGAGGAACAAGAUCUGUGGCACACGGGUGCUAUAG